UUAAAGCUCAGAGGGGAGUUAAUCGGGAAGGAUGUGUAGUUGCUCCAAGGGAGCUGAGGAAAGAGAAAUAUUGAACAGAAAAGAAGAAUUCUUGAGAAGGAUUUGGGGAAGAUCACAGAAACAUCAAUUCGAUUUAUCCUGCGGGUUACCUUGAAAUAGACGAAAGGUUGCAGAAGCCAUGGGUUCAUGGCUGGAGCACGGAGUAGAGUUCACUCCGCUGUAGGUCUUUCAUCACUUUAGACACUUUGAGUUUCUGCAAACAACACCAUGGGCCAGGGACAGAGCGACCCAGAGAGGGAGGUGACUCUCCAGAACAUCCAGGAGCUCUACAGGAAAUUUGCGAGCGAAUGUCCGAGUGGAAACCUUCACUUACACGAAUUCAAGAAGAUCUUUGGAGUCAACAGCAGCUCCUCGGAGGAAGAAGCUGCAUACAUGGACAACGUGUUUCGAUCUUUUGACACGAAUCAGGACGGUCACAUAGACUUCAUGGAGUACGUUGCAGCGGUGCAUCUGGUGCUUCGUGGAAGACUGGAGGACAAGCUGAGGUGGUCGUUUAAAGUUUACGACAGAGAUGGAAACGGCUGCCUCGACAGACAGGAAGUGCGAACCAUAGUGAAGAUCAUCCAGAAGUUAAAGAAACACAACGACCCGAGCAUCAAGGAGACAAACAUCGAAGACGUCUGUGACAGAAUAUUUGAACUGGUGGACAAGAACAGAGACAGUCAGAUCUCUCUGGAGGAAUUCAUCGAGGGGGCGAAUAAAGACCCGUGGGUGAUGGAUCAGCUCAAACUGGACAUCAGGCCCAGUGAUUGGUUCAUUCAGCAGCAGGACAAGAAAACCUGACGACCUGUCGCUGGGGACUUGGUCAAACUUUGCCUUAGAUUUUUAAAGUCCCUUCUUUUUUGAACUCACAGGAACAUCAGAAUUUCUCUCACGUGUUUGGAGGAAUAAUCUGUGAGAUGUUUUGGACGUGAGGACGUUUGGAUUCAGGGACUGUGAACAUCUGAACUAACCGGCCAUGAAUUGAAAGAGCCGGAGAUCUCCUUCGUUUUAAAGUUUUCUAACAUGUUUGGCAGCGGCUGCAUGAAGGACAGAACCUGACGGCCAAACGUUUCCCUCCUGGUUUACCUGCAGAUCAUCAGUGCUGCAAAAAGACUUACAGAAAAUGGAACUUGUGUUUAAACUCUAUGCUAAUCUUUACAUUAUGCAAUAUUUAUUAAUCCCAGUUUGUGUCACUGCAUUGCAUCAUCUUGACAAUUUCCACAAGUAUGCAAGAAUGACUUUGCAGCUGCACCGUCUUGUUUUCAUGUCGCACACUCGUUAACUUUCUUCCUGAAAGAGGAAAUCAUCAACAUCAGGGAUGCUGGAUUGGGUUUUCUGCUGUCUGCAGAUCUCUGGACGAUCUCUCUUCACGACGUGUCUGCUUUAAAACCAAACACACGUCGGUGUGUCGUCUGAAAGGUCCUCUGAGUAAAAGGGAUGACACAGGAAGUGCAGGAGGAAAGGAUGAAAGAGAGUUUGUGAGUUAAAUGAGAGCGAACAUAAAAACCAGAAGAGAAAGUCAGAGAUGAUCUCAGCUGUUGUUUCUGAUAAUCUUUGAAAUAAA